AGCACAUCAGUACUGUCUGACUCUCCGAACAGUUCAGGAUGAUUUCGUUUCUAAUCGUUACUUGUCUUGGAGCUCUGGCAGCAGCCACUUCAGAGUUCAGCUGCUCGCAGCCCACCGACCCAAACGUACACUGCGUUGAAAAUCGUGUCCUGAGCUCUUCCCUCCUAACCGAGCAGUUCAACUCCAAACCGAAACCGGCGCUCUACCUGACCAACUGCACCGUCGUUGACGGCGCCGACCUCUCGUCGGAGCUUCUGGGCAACGCCACCGAACUAUGGAUCUUGGACGGAUCCGCUCCAAAGGUGCACCUUAAACCCUCGCUAAAGUCCUUCACCAGCCUCCGCGCUGGAACGGGCGAAGUGGUCAUCGAUCCGACGGACAACUUCCGGCUGGAGCUAUUCGACCUGGAAGGAUCUCUGCAAGGUGUUCCCAGAAACGUUCAGUUUUUAAGCCGGCUUGCGGUGCUAGAUUUGUGUCAGAACCGUAUCGAAAGCGUCGAUUUGGACCAGUUCAACGGCAUGAGUCACCUCAGGAAGAUCAACCUUGGCUGGAACCGGAUUCGGACGGUGACGGCCACGAAUGUGAACCUUCCAGCGCUGGCCGAACUGUUUCUUCAUGGGAAUCAACUGACCAGUCUGGAUUUGACUCAUCUAAACGCUCCAAAUCUGCAACGGCUGUACGUGGCCUCGAACCAGUUGGAGCGGAUUGACGGAUUUCCGGCCGGGUUCCCACUGCUGGCCAGGGUGGAUCUGCACUUCAACAGGUGGCGCUGUGACUGGUUGAGAGGGGCAGAGGAACUUCUGACGGUGAAUAGUGUUGAAACGUUAAGCUAUCUACCGGAAACGGUUUGUAACGAAGCUGGUACGGUUAAGGUGAGCGCAUUACAGUGUGAGCAGUGAGUUUAUUCUACCUCUAGAAAGCAAUAACAAAAAAAAUCAGACAAAACAAUCCCUUGUUACAAGAUUCAAUUCAAUAUGAUCUGCGUGAAAUCCCGUUUAUUGCUGUAUACUUUGUUUACGUUUAGAGUGUGUGAGCGCACUGUAAAAAGUGACAGUUCAUAAAAUUUUAGUUGUCAAACCAACGAGGUUCAAACAGAAUCAUGUCAGACCAACGAAGUUUCACUGUACGUAUGAGUAUUACACUAACACGAAGAAUUGUUUUGCCUGCAUUGAUAGUGAAGAAUGUAAAUAUUUGUCCCUGCUUAUCAGAUGAUUUGAGCACUUUCUUCCAAAUAAACAACAAAUAAAACAAUUUGAUAAUGGAAGGGUU